CGUCUGUCGCGACGGAAUGUGGUCACGUUGCAUGAUGAUGCUGUUCGCCUACUACUGCGCGGCGAUUGCCUCCGCCGCGCCAGCCUGCGUCCCAAACCCGGUGGCACGAUGCCCGCGCAUCUUCAGGCCCGUGUGCAAGGAGGGCCUGCAUUACGCCAACGGCUGCCUCGCCGAGGCCGCGUGCGUCUUUGAUGCCACAGCAGAAGAGUGUGGCGAGAUGGAGGAGUCGUCCAUGCACGGCGUGCCAGUGAGCGACGAAGCAGCCUUCAUCACGGUCGGGACGGCCAACACCCUCCCCGCUCGCGUCUCCUCGGGCCCGGAGAUCACCGUGCAGCGGCCCGGCUUUGGCGCUGCUACGACCCUCCCCGCUCGCGUCUCCUCGGGCCCGGAGAUCACCGUGCAGCGGCCCGGCUUUGGCGCUGCUACGACCCUUCCCGCUCGCGUCUCCUCGGGCCCGGAGAUCACCGUGCAGCGGCCCGGCUUUGGCGCUGCUACGACCCUCCCCGCUCGCGUCGGAGGCCCGCCCGACGCGGCCGAGGCAGAGGCUGUCAACUGCUGCGGUGGCGGCGGGGCUUGCGGCUACGAGCACUGUCCUGCGCUGGGUGCUGGGACCGAGGGCUGCGUGCACCGUUGGGAAAUGCCAGACGGCAUGGACUUUGAGUUGGAUUGUGCGGUCUCGCUGACGGAGUCUGCGGCACGCACGGGCGGCGUCGAUCCCAAAGCCGGCAUGAUUGAGCACCUGCACGCCAAGUGCGAGGACUGCGUCGGCGAGGGCUUUGCCUGGCAGGCGGACGCGUGCCAAAAGGUGGCGACGCCGUGGCACGGAGGACAGUGGCAGUACUGCGGUCUGCAGGACGUCGCGUGCAUCACGACGGCCCGAGGCUGCGAGUACUACUACAAGGUCGAUGGGAUGUAUGGAGAGGAGCACGGCCUCGACCUGGAGGCGGAGGCAGCGGCUUCGGCCGGUGGUCCACGCACCCGCCUCCCUGCGGUCGCCCUCGCGUGCGCCGCCCUCGCUCUCGCCGCUUUCGGCGGCGCGCUGGUGCAGCGGACACGCGCAAGGCGUCGCUACACCGAGUUCAUGGCCGAGAUGACUGGCGACGUGCGUUUCGUGCCGCACGUGGCGAUGCUGCAGGAGCCUCCGCUCGUAUAGGCGAGGAGGGCCUCAGAGGGAGCGGAGCUCGCCUGGUGCGCGCAGAGAGUGCAGACUGUGUACGGGCACGUGUACGUGUGUUGUGUGUACCGCCUCCCUACAAGAGGCUUACGAGUGCCGCAUGCAUGAUGCAGCGCGGCGAGCGGCUGCGGGUGCGCGUGCGUAAACGGGUGUGUCGGGUGGGUAACGUUUACAGUUAU